GCAUAUUCUUUGUUCAUUAUUUUUAGAAAAACUGAGGAGUCUGAUCCAUUUGCCAUGUUAUUUGAGAAAUCAAACAAUAUACUUUGUCCUACCAGUUGUCCUAACGAUGAUAUUCCUGUAUGUGGGGAUAACUCCAAAACUUACAGGAAUGAAUGUGAGAUGAGGAUGGAGGAGUGUACCCUGGGUAUGGUGAUCAACAUCAACUACAAGGGAGAGUGCAGAUCAACUACUGGAUGUUCUGACUUGUGUGAAUCCACGAGUACCCAGCGAGUGUGUGGGUCAGAUAGGUUGACCUACGACAAUGUUUGCCAGCUACAGAUACAGGCCUGUCAGACUGCAACAAAUAUUACAGUUGUUCAUCAGGGCGAAUGUUCUAACUGUCACCCCCUGAAUGAAUGGAUGUGCCGGGAUACGAUGUGUGUCUCGAACUCUAAGCUCUGUGAUGGAAAACUGGAUUGUAAGGAUGGGUCAGAUGAAAGCUUUUGUGAGUUUGUUUGCAAGAACGGAGACUCUAUCAGACUGCAGCAACAAUGUGAUGGGUUCCCUGACUGCAUGAAUGGAGAGGAUGAGAAUGAUUGCUCUAAUGUGUACACUGCGGGAAUUUCAGUUUGUGACGGUUUAGAUGAAUAUAUGUGCAAAGAUACGUUCAAGUGUAUUUCAAGAUCUAAAGUUUGUAAUGGAGAAGUGGAUUGCCCAAACGAAGACGACGAAUUUGAUUGUGCAAGAUCUAAAGUUCCUGACUGGAAUGAAGUGGUUUGGACUGAUGGAGACUAUGGUGGAGUUGAUGAAGAUGCACGAGAUGGUCGAGGAGAUAUUACAGCUGACGAAGAAGUUGAUUAUUCACAAGAUUGGUUCUAGCUAACUUCUUACAAAUUAUAAUAUGUGUUAAAAACAGAUUAAACAAAUAAAAGGAAAGACAUUUUU